AUGGGCCUUUUCUCCAAGAAGUCGUCCGACAGCGUCAAGGAGGCGGCCGACGCGGUGCGCAAGCUCAGCAUGAGCGACGCUAAGCCCAAGGCCGACAAGCCCGCUGAAGCCAAGGUCGAGCCUGUCGCUGAGGCUCCCAAGGUUGAGUCCGCCGCCGAAACUAUCGAGGAGGAGAAGGCCGUCCCCGUCGCUGAGAAGGUCGAGCCCAUCACCGCUGAGAAGAUCGCAACCAAGCCCGCUGAGGAGAUCGCGCCUCCCGCCCAGCAGCAGCCCGAGCCCGUCAAGGAACAGGUUGAGUCCCGCUCUGCCGAAAAGAAGAUUGAGCCUGUUACAGAGCAGGUCGAGUCCAAGUCUGAGCAGACGGAGCACGUCUCCGAGAAGACCGAUCCUGUUUCUGAGAAGGUCGAGCCUGUUUCUGAGAAGGCCGAGCCCGCGCCCACGCCUGCCAACGAGGCCACUCCCACCUCCGAGGAUGCUGAUGAGAAGCCCGUCUCUGCGACUGAGAAGCUCAACGCCGACGCGAAGGAGGCCGUCCCCGACGCUGCUGACGUCGCCGACACGGACAUCGAGACCCCCAAGGCCACCACCGAGGAGGACGCUCCCAGCCUCCACGCCGCUCUGGCGGGCACUGGUGCCACUGCGGCCUCGAUCGUCCUCCCCUCCCUCAACGUCCGCGACGACGCCUCGUCCACUCACGCGACGACCGGCUCCGAGCCUCCCGAGAUGCCCACUCCCAUCUCCGCCGUGGAGCCCGUCGGCGCGCCUCUCACUCCCGCGCCUUCGCAGCCUACCACGCCCGCCAAGGUCACCUCUCCCUCCGCCCCUGCGGAGGUCAAGUCUGCGGAGCCUCAGCCUGCCGCUGCGCCCGCCAGUCCCACCGCCACCGCCGUCGCUGCCAGUGUGGCGGCCGCCGCGGCCAAGGACGCGGAGGGCGUGCAGGUCGGCCCUGUCGAGGACAUGAACACGGAGCUCCAGACCGAGCCCUCUAAGCCCGCGUCUGCGCCCGCCUCUGCGGUCGAGCCCGAGAUCAAGGUCGAGACCAAGGUUGAGACUACCUCUGAGGUCCAGGGCAAGGAGGAGCAGUGGCAGGACGUCGACAAGCUCGUCCCCUCCGACCCUGCUGCUCAGCUCACUCCUCCCGCUGAGCCUGCCGCCGAGCCCGAGCCCACCGCCGCUACUACCACCGUCUCCGCCAAGGCGGAUGCGGCAGACGCCGCGGAGGACAAGACCAAGCUCGAGGAGUACGAGCAGGGUCUCAAGAAGCACGAGUCGGAGCUGCGCGAGCACGAGCUGGUCGUUGAGGCGCACCGUCCCGAGUCGACUUAG